ACCUCCUUGGCCACGUCACGACGUUUACUCACACUCACUAAAUGUGAAAGGGUGUGUUGCCUACAGCGGAAGAAAAAAAAGGGAAGGAGUGGAUGGACGUUUAUAAAAGGCGCGUUUAAGGCACCAUUCAUUCCAAAGGACUGACAUCUACCUUUACUGAACUUUUAAAGAUCUUUUUUUCGCGAGCGAACAUAUCCCGCACCCUUCUGCGUUGAAGCUGUCAGACGCUGAUGGAGACGAUCACCUCGCUUGGAGCAGUUCUAUCAUUUUAGGAACACGCGUUAAUCAAUUCUUUAUUCAAGACUAUAGCCUAUCUUAAGAAUGGAAUGUAAACUCUUGCCAUUUCUAGACCAGAAGCCAGAGACAUCCUCCCCAAAAUAACUCUUGUGCUUCAUGAGAGCACCGUUGGAUUACCAAUCAAAUAUAAACCAAACACAAACCAGAUAGAAAUUCAUCUGACAGAUGGUGGAUGCUUCCGUUUCCUUCUAGAAAGACAGCAAACCAAAUGAAUAAGAGAUUUUAUGUGCAUUUGCUUGCAUCUUUACUCAAAUAGACCAAUUUUUUUCAGACAAUUGCAUUUUGAACUGUGAUAGUAACUUAAACAUGAUACAAACAGUACCCAUGAUGGAGGCGGCGGAUAUUGCAGUUGUUGCACUUUAUUUUGUACUUUUGCUUGUAAUUGGUCUGCUUGCCAUGUGGAAGUCCAACCAUAGCACUGUCAGUGGCUACUUUCUGGCAGGUCGAAAUAUGAACUGGGUGGUGAUAGGUGCCUCACUCUUUGUCAGCAACAUCGGCAGCGAACAUUUCAUUGGUCUCGCUGGUUCUGGUGCAGCAAGUGGUUUUGCAGUGGGCGCCUGGGAGUUCAAUGCCCUCCUUCUUCUUCAGCUGCUCGGCUGGGUGUUCAUCCCAGUCUACAUCCACUGUGGAGUUUACACCAUGCCAGAGUACCUCUCCAAGCGGUACGGAGGCAAGCGGCUAAAGAUUUACUUUGCUGCCCUCUCACUUCUGCUGUAUGUCUUUACUAAACUCUCAGUGGACUUGUAUGCAGGAGCUCUUUUCAUUCAGGAGUCUCUUGGCUGGAAUCUAUACCUGUCAAUAAUCUUGCUUAUCACUAUGACUGCCUUCCUGACAGUGACCGGUGGACUGGUUGCUGUGAUCUACACGGACACUCUACAGGCUGUGCUCAUGAUUGGCGGUGCUUUGACCCUUACCAUAAUCAGUCUGGUCAAGGUAGGCGGUUUGGAAGGGGUGCGAGAAAAAUACAUGGAAGCAGUCCCCAACGUCACAGCCAUCCUGGCUAACAGCAACUUCAGCUUCCAGUACACAAACUCCUGCCGAAUCCAUCCCAAGCCAGAUUCUCUUAAGCUCCUACGAGGACCGCUUGACGAGGACAUCCCUUGGCCAGGCUUCCUGUUGGGUCAGACACCCGCAUCCAUUUGGUACUGGUGUGCAGACCAAGUCAUCGUCCAGAGAGUAUUAGCUGCCAAGAAUAUUGUUCAUGCUAAAGGCUCCACACUUAUGGCAGGAAUUCUUAAGGUCCUUCCCAUGUUUAUCAUCGUUAUUCCAGGAAUGAUCUCACGAAUUUUGUUCCCAGAUGAGCUGGCAUGCAUCGGACCAGAGCACUGCAUGGCUGUUUGUGGCAGUCAAGCUGGCUGUUCCAACAUCGCCUACCCUCGGUUGGUCAUGAGCGUGAUGCCGGUGGGUCUCCGAGGGUUGAUGAUGGCUGUGAUGAUCGCUGCCCUCAUGAGCGACCUGGACUCGAUUUUUAACAGCGCUAGCACCAUCUUCACAUUGGACAUUUAUAAAAUGCUGCGUAUGCGUGCAUCCUCACGUGAGCUGGUGGUGGUCGGCAGGUUGUUUGUGAUCUUCAUGGUGACUAUCAGCAUUGCUUGGGUGCCUGUUAUUAUUGAGAUGCAAGGUGGCCAGAUGUACCUGUACAUCCAGGAAAUUGCAGGAUACCUCACACCUCCCAUUGCUGCCCUCUUUUUACUUGGAGUCUUCUGGAAACGUUGCAAUGAGACCGGCGCAUUUUGGGGCGGUAUGACUGGGUUUGUGCUAGGCACCACCCGCCUCCUACUUGGCUUUGUAUAUCGUGAGCCAAGAUGUGACCAGCCUGAUGAGCGUCCAGCUUUCAUUACUCGUGUCCACUACAUGUACAUUGCUGCCGGGCUGUUUUGGAUUUCCGGGCUGGUGGCUGUGGCUGUCAGCCUGUGCACGUCACCUCCAGAAGUGGAGAAGAUCAAGCGUACCACAAUCUGGGGCUUGAGAGAACUUAAACGGCUUCCUGUGACUGAACGAGAAGAGAUGUACAAACUCACUAAUGGCAAUGGUGUUCUCAAGAAGGAUGUGCCUGAGGAUGUCCAGAAGGAGAGAUGUCUUGAUGGGGCUGACAUGAAACUCCUUAUGCCCUCGCCUUGUGACCAAGAUCCCCCGACCCCCAGCACAGAGGCAUCCACACCAAUGGAGCUGUACGGCAAUGGUCAUGUAAAGCUUGUGAAACGGAAGGAUGAAGCCAAGCGUGAUGAAGAGAGCUGCCCUCAAGUAUUUGACUGGAUUUGUCAAAAGGAGAAAAUGUCUGUUGUCCAACCCAAAGUCAUUGAAGAAGAUGAAGGAGCUGUUCGUGAAAUGCUUUACGAACCCCCUAAGAUCAAGCUGUUACUUAACUUGGGCCUUGUAUUGGUUUGUUCACUGGGUGUUUUCAUGUUUGUGUACUUCUCCUUGUAAUGUGCGGAUCUUAUCUUGAGACCUGUGUGAAAGACAGCACAUUUAUAUGAUUUGUUUUUAUAAGCCAUUUAGGGUCUGUAAUAUUUACAGUGUGGUUUCUUUUUUUUUUUUUUCUUUUUUUUUUUUACAACUUCCUUUUAGGGACUCAAACCAUUUUGAAUAAUUCUGAUAGAAGUUAUUUAUUGUUUCUCCUUGGCUCUGUGUCACAUACCUUUGAAAUAUUUAAACUCUUCCUUGUGGUAUGUUGAUUUUCAAAUGCAUUAUUGAAACAGUAGCUUUUGUAUAGUUUAUGGUUGGUCAAGUUAAGCAACUGUAGGAUUUACUGUUUUUCUUCUUGGUGAAUUUUGCCUUAAUUUUGCCUUAAGUUUUAUGUGAAAUGAAAAUUGUGAAAAUUAUUAAUUUUAAGAAGAAAAAAAAGUGGGAAAUUUAUCACAAGAUUCAAAGAUUUUAUUUAAAAAAAAUAGUUUGCAUAAAAAGAUGCCAUAUCAAGGUGUUGUGCCAUCUGCUUAAACCUGUUACCCUACUGUACAUUCCCAAGUACGAGUAAGACUAUUUAGGUCCCUUGAUGUAAAUUGUUACUGUAACUCUGUAUGUAAUUUGGUGUAUUUCUGAAUACUUUCAUUUCUCUGUAUUUAGAGCUACGUUAAAAAACACCAAAAUGCCUUUUGUGCAGAGGAUAAGCUGUAAAAACCCUGCUUUAUCCAAGAUGUUAUCACUCUAAAACAAAUCAGCUGUAAAAUGCACAGUCUGCUCAUGUGGAUAUUACUGAAUGACCCUCAGAACCUCUACUGGAAAGACUCGGAGAACACUGUCAUUAACGUUGUAAUCUGAUAUUAUGAUAUCCUAAAACAGGUUAUUUCGACUGGGAUGUCCAAUUUUGAUUGCUGCGCAAAAAUAAUAUCUUGUUCUUCUAGAAGAAGAAUUUGAGUAUGGCUGCAGUAACAGGCGUUAUUACCUGUUGUUGUUGUUACGCUGUUAAAUGCUCUAUUUGUUCAGACAAAUGGGAACUGAUGGAUGGCCUUAGUAAAAAUGAAAUGGGCGUGUGGGAUUUUGUAAACAGAUAACUUAUGUAACUUAUUUUUUUUUAAGCUUACAAUGUUGUAUUUAUACGUUGACAUUCAAGUCUACUUUUAAUGAAAAUUUAUCCCAAAGGUGCAACAAAAUUAUUUUGACUUCAUUCAGAAGAGUUAUGCCCAAAGAGAUAUUAAAAAGAGGUGCAACAUUUACCUUGUGUCCCCUUUUUUAUCGGCCUUUCAAAAAUCCUUUUCAUACCCAAACAAAAUAAACUCGGGUUAAAUUGGCUGAUUAUUGUUUUACAUUUUAAAAUAAUUUUUUUUAAAUAAAUUCAUUUUUAUACAGAUACUAUCUUUGUAUUGGAAAAGAGGUACAUAAAUUAAAAGAAAGUUCAAUAGAGACCUUGUUCUUUUAUGCUUUUUUCCCCAAAUGUCUGAUUUGGUUUUGGGUUCUUAUGGUUCUUGUCAAUCUUACUGAAGUGAUUACCAUUUCUUUGCAGGUAUCAGUUCAUCUUAUUCUGGUUCAUUGCAUUUACACUAACUCGAUCACAAAGUCAAGUUGAUCCAAAACUGAUAUGAUCUCUGGCAAUACCAUACCAACUAACAACUAUACUUGCUUGGGAGGGGGGUGGAAGUGAUUGUUGGUUUUGGAUACACCACAGAUUUUCAAACUAACACCCAGAGCUUUUAAAUAUUUAAAACAUGUAUUUCAAAAAUUUAAAAUUUAAAAAACAUGUAUUUCAUAGUAAAAUUAUGAGGUUCUAUCUUAUUUUCUUUCUUUUUUUUAAGUACUUUUAUGUUGUUUGAUAAUGUGAAUUUUAAUAGACUGUUACGUCACUUCAUUUAACGUCAUCCCAAGGUACUUGUUUAACCUUUUAUGACAACAAAAGGGUUUUGUGAUCUAUUUGAUUUAAUGGAUUAUGUUUUACAUUUGUAUUGAAUGGUGUAUAGAUUCCAGAUAUUUCUUUUGUGCUUUAGUUUAGAGUGUGUACAUCUCUUAACAUUCCUUAUGUUGCAUAAAACGGGCUUCAUCGAUUCAUUGUGGAGUUUAUUGCUCUCUGAUCUGUUCAGACAUACACAAAUGAUUUGUACAUUUGCUACUUUUAUUAUCAAAAGUUGUAGAUGAAUAAAAAUAUUCAUUUGAGAACGACAAA